UGCGCCAAAUAGCCGGUUUGUUUAUAUGUUUCUGCAGUUUAUUAGACUUGAUUGAUUUGGUUUGUUUGGAGUAGCUCUUUCGUAUAUUUUCAAGAAACAUGGCUCUGUGGGUUGAUAAACACCGUCCAAGGGAACUUCUGAAGCUGGACUAUCACAAGGAUCAAGCUGAAAACCUCAAGAAUCUCUGCCAACAGGGUGAUUUUCCACAUCUAAUGUUCUAUGGCCCCUCUGGUGCCGGCAAGAAAACUCGUAUCAUGUGCCUGUUGCGUGAACUCUACGGUGCAGGCGUUGAAAGGCUACGCAAUGAAACCAUGACAUUUACCACACCAUCAAAUCGCAAAAUCGAAAUAAUGACAGUGGGUAGUAACUACCAUCUGGAGGUAAAUCCUUCCGAUGCCGGCAUAUAUGACAGAGUCGUUGUAAUAGAUUUGAUCAAACAAGUGGCCCAGACCCAUCAAAUAGAUCCGAAUGGACAAAGAGAUUUCAAGGUUAUUGUCCUUUCCGAAGUCGACGAACUUACCAAAGAUGCUCAACAUGCUUUGCGUCGUACUAUGGAGAAAUAUGUCGCCACAUGUCGUAUUAUACUUUCAGUUAACUCCACUUCACGUGUCAUUCCGGCCAUUCGUUCCAGAUGUUUAGGCAUACGAGUGGCAGCGCCCACACCCAAUGAAAUGAUCUCUGUACUACAGGCCAUCAGUAAAAGAGAAAAUAUCUCAUUGCCAUUGGAGCUGGCCACGCGUAUAAUUGAUAAGUCGGAAAGAAAUUUACGUAGAGCCAUCUUGAUGUUAGAGGCUUGUAAAGUACAACAGUAUCCGUUUACAGCCCAACAAGAUAUCGUGGAGCUGGAUUGGCAAGUGUUUCUACGCGAAACAGCAAAUCAAAUUCUAACCGAACAAUCACCAGCGAAACUAGAAAAAGUUCGUGACCGUCUAUAUGAAUUGUUGGCCCAGGGAGUUCCACCCGAUGUUAUCUUUCAGGGUUUGGUCAAGGAACUCGUCAAGAACUGUGACAUGUCUAUUAAAGCCAAAACGCUGGAGUAUGCCACACUGUACGAACAUCGUAUGCAGAAUGGUGCAAAACAUAUUUUCCAUUUGGAAGCAUUUGUUGCUCAGUUUAUGAAUAUUUAUAAGAAGUUUAUAGCUGAUGCCAUGAUGAUGGAUGAUUUUUAAAUUUAAAUAUAUGUAAGAUAAUAAAAUAUGUUAUAAUAUUUAUGUAUUAAUAAAGUUGAAAAGGGUAGUUUCUCGAA